UUCCAGGCCCUUGUGACCCAGAAGAUCUGCUGGAUGGUGUGAUUUUUGGGGCAAAGUACCUGGGCUCCACACAGCUGGUCUCGGAGAGGAACCCCCCGACCAGCGUCCGCAUGGCACAGGCCCAGGAGGCAGUGGACAGGAUCAAGGCGCCCGAGGGGGAGUCCCAGCCCAUGACGGAGGUGGAUCUGUUUGUCUCCACGCAGAGGAUCAAGGUGCUCACUGCUGACACACAGGAGGCCAUGAUGGACCACUCUCUGCAGACCAUCUCCUACAUCGCCGACAUCGGCUCCCUGGUGGUGCUCAUGGCGCGCAGGAAGCUGCCUCGGCGCUCCGACGUGGCCGAGGAGAAGAGGCUCUACAAGCUGAUCUGCCACGUCUUCCACUCAGCUGAUGCCCAGGUGAUUGCCCAGGCCAUCGGGCAGGCGUUCGGUGUGGCCUACCAGCGCUUCCUGGAGGCCAACGGCAUCGACCCCAGCGAGCUGAGCCCUCACCAGUACAGCCGUGCCCUGGAGGACCAGGAGCAGUACAACGCGGAGCUGACCCACUUCUCCCGGCAGGAGAACUGCAAGGACGUGUGCAUCCGGAAGCAGAAGGGGGAGAUCCUGGGCAUUGCCAUCGUGGAGUCAGGCUGGGGCUCCAUCCUGCCCACGGUGGUCAUUGCCAACCUGAUGCACGGGGGCCCCGCGGAGCGCUCGGGCGAGCUGAGCAUCGGGGACCGUCUCAUGUCUGUCAACGGGACCAGCCUGGUGGGGCUGCCCCUGGGCACCUGCCAGAGCAUCAUCCGGGAGCUGAAGCACCAGACAGAGGUGAUGCUGAACAUCGUGCACUGUCCCCCUGUCACCACGGCUGUCAUCCGCCGCCCUGACUCCAAGUACCAGCUGGGCUUCUGCGUUGAGAACGGCGUGAUCUGCAGCCUGAUGCGCGGGGGCAUCGCGGAGCGCGGCGGCAUCCGCGUGGGGCAUCGCAUCAUCGAGAUCAACGGGCAGAGCGUGGUGGCCACACCCCACGAGAAGAUCAUCCAGAUCCUCACCCAGGCAGUCAGCGAGGUCCACAUCAAGACCAUGCCAGCCUCCACGUACCGCUUGCUGACGGGGCAGGAGCAGCCCAUCUUCCUCUGA